UAAGGGUGCAGGCAGCUAGCUAGCUAACCAUGGCCGCCUCUGCCUCUUGCAUUUCUCUGGUCGUGCUCGUGGCCCUGGCCACGGCGGCGUCGGCGCAGCUGUCCCCGACGUUCUACAGCGUGUCGUGCCCCGGGGCGCUGGCCGCCAUCAAGAGCGCCGUCACGGCCGCCGUGAGCAGCGACCCCCGCAUGGGCGCGUCGCUGCUCCGGCUGCACUUCCACGACUGCUUCGUCCAGGGCUGCGACGCCUCUGUUCUGCUGUCUGGCAACGAGCAGAACGCGGGCCCGAACGCGGGGUCGCUGAGGGGCUUCGGCGUCAUUGACGGCAUCAAGGCCCAGGUCGAGGCCGUGUGCAAGCAGACCGUCUCCUGCGCCGACAUCCUCGCCGUCGCCGCCCGCGACUCCGUCGUCGCCCUCGGAGGGCCGUCAUGGACAGUUCCUCUGGGGAGAAGGGACUCCACAGGUGCAAACGCGGGGCUGGCAAACAGCGACCUCCCGGGGCCGGGCUCCAGCCGGGCACAGCUCGAGGCCGCGUUCCUCAAGAAGGGCCUGGACACGGUCGACAUGGUGGCCCUCUCCGGCGCGCACACCAUCGGCCAGGCGCAGUGCAGCUCCUUCCGCUCUCGGAUCUACGGCGGCGACACCAACAUCAACGCCGCCUACGCCGCGUCGCUCCGGGCCAACUGCCCCCAGUCCGGCGGCAACGGCAACCUGGCGCCGCUGGACACGACGACGCCCAACGUGUUCGACAACGCAUACUACACGGACCUCCUGUCCCAGAAGGGGCUCAUGCACUCGGACCAGGUGCUGUUCAACGGCGACACCACCGACAACACGGUCCGGAACUUCGCGUCCAACCCGGCGGCGUUCAGCAACGCCUUCACGACGGCCAUGAUCAAGAUGGGCAACAUCGCGCCGCUCACCGGGGCGCAGGGCCAGAUCAGGCUCAGCUGCUCCAAGGUUAACUCGUGAUUGACGUACAUGUCGAUAGGCAGCUCGCCAUCACGACACGUCGUCAAUGAAUAAGUCCCCAGAAGCAGUAGCCAAGACCAAUUAUAGCACUUAGCAACCCGGUCAGGGCGACUACUCGGUGCAUGCCGUGCUGCUUGAAGACCUCAAGUUUCAAACGCGCACCUGGUUUUCGAAGCCUGAGGUUCAGGCAUGCAGGAGAGAUGCAAACAGCGCCGCCCAUGCACUACCUAAACUAGGGACUAGGCCUGCAACGUAAUGGUGCCCAUGCUUUAAUGUAACGUGGGAGUAUGACUAUACUGUCCAGCAGUUGUUGCUGAUCAUGCAAGGUGACAUGCCCACGUCUUAAGACUAGUCAUAAUGGAGAGUAACUUAGAGUAGUAACAUGCAUAUGUUACUAGUCUAUGUUACUACCUCCACAGUGGGUAGUAACAUAUGUGUUGUGUCAUGCAUCACUUCAUUUA